ACAUUAUUUGUCCUUUAGCUACUUUGUUCUUCCCAUUGUGCCCUUCAUCAAAUGAACUCAUUUUCCUUCCUACCUCUUCUUCUUCUUCAUCGCCUUCAUCUUCUUGCAUGUUAAAUUUUCUUCAACGACCAAAGAGACAACAGAUACAUAAACCCUAAUCCUAGCUCAUGGAACCCAGCCAAGUCCCACCAUCGCAGGGCCUGACCGACGAAGAAUACGCAGAGCUCAAGCCCUUAAUAGACACAUACCACAAAUUUGAGCCAGCACCCAACACAUGCACUUCCUUAAUAACGCAACGCAUUGAUGCACCAGCUCAAGUUGUAUGGCCUUUCGUUCGAAGCUUUGAAAACCCACAAAAAUACAAGCACUUCAUCAAGAGUUGCAACAUGAGAGGCACUGGUGGUAUAGGAAGUAUAAGAGAAGUUACAGUAGUUUCUGGCCUACCAGCUUCUACGAGCACUGAAAGGCUAGAGAUUUUGGACGAUGAGAAGCAUAUUUUAAGCUUUAGGGUGGUCGGAGGUGAGCACCGGCUAAAUAAUUAUCGGUCUGUAACAUCGGUUAAUGAGUUUUGUAAGGAUGGAAAGAUUUAUACAAUUGUUUUGGAGUCUUAUAUAGUUGAUAUACCAGAAGGAAAUACUGGGGAGGAUACGAAGAUGUUUGUAGACACUGUUGUUAAGUUGAAUCUUCAAAAGCUGGCUGUUGUAGCAAUGGCUUCUGUGCAUGGGCAUGAAUAAUUAUGAUGGAGUGGUGGUGGUGGAAGUGGCGGUGGCAGGAGCCGUGAUGAUGAUGGCUGCUGGGUUCUCAUUGAUAUGAUGAUGUCUGAUCUCAGUGGUUAGUAUGGGGUUUUGCAAGUUGGGUUUUUUUAUUUUGUUUUUCGUUUGUUAUUUUAUGAAGGCAAUUAGUAUUGGUUUGUAUAUUUUAAUCUUAAUAUUGGGUAAGUUCAGUUACAAGGUUAUGGGCUAUUGUUUGAACUGUCAGCACUUUCUCCUUAAUAAAUUAAACAAACUGAUAUGAUCAUGAUGAAGAAGAAGAUGGAAUUAUUCGUCCA